AUGACUAAAAUAAGGGCGUCAAAGCUACGUAAUAAACCAGAGCCCGAACUACAGAAGCAACUUGGAGAGCUUAAGACGGAACUUGGCAAUCUUCGUUUGUAUCGGGUAACGAGAGGAGCAUCCUAUCAUGGAAAAUUGAAGAAAAUCCGGACACUAAGAAAGUCCAUUGCCCGUGUAUAUACAGUUAUUCAUCAGGCACAAAAACUGCGCCAACGUGAAGCUUAUCGUUCCAAGAAAUACGUUCCUAAAGAUUUGAGACCAAAGAAGACCAGAGCAAUACGCAGAAGACUUACAAAGAAAGAGCAGUCAAUUCAUUCUGCGCGUUCAAUGCGCAAGGCACGUGCCUUCCCUCCUCGUGUAUUUGCUGUUAAGUGCUAA